GUUCCCCACCACAGAGAAGAAUCUCUCUUUAUUUCUUUCACUCUCACACAACCAAAAUUUUCCAAACUCUCUCAACUCCAUCAUCUCUUUCUCUCUCUUUCUCCACCAUUUCUGCACUUCAAUUUAUUCACCUCUGACACCUUCUUAAUUCUGCUUCCACUUCAUCUCACUCAUGGCUAUGAUCUCUCCUCACUCCCACAAUUCCCACAUUAUGCUCCUCCUCAUCACAUGCUUCUUUCGUCAUAAAUUCUAGAUCAAACUGCACACCCUCAUCUUUUCUUUUACUGCAUAUGGCUUAUCUUUCAACUCAAAUCAAUUUCACCACCCUUUAAUCUAACAACUACCAAAAUCUCACAUACUCCCACCCCUCAAAACUCCUCUUCCCAUGGCGGGUGGCAAGCUUCAUGCUGCUUCAACCAUGUCGCUUCUCCUCCAAAACGAAAGACUCCCUUGCUCCUCUGAAGUCCUUGAAUCUCUUUGGGCUCACACCUCUAACCCUGCUUCCUUCCAAGGUUCAAAAUCUAUGGUUGAUUUUGAGAAUGUUAGUGGCGGCAGGGUGACGGACAGGCCGUUUUUUCAAGCGUUGGAGAAGGAAGAGAACUGUGAUGAUGAUUAUGAGGGGUGCUUCCAUCAACCGGGUAAGAAAAGGAGACUCACAAGCGAACAAGUUCAGUUCCUUGAAAGGAACUUUGAGGUGGAGAACAAGCUUGAACCUGAAAGGAAGGUCCAACUUGCAAAGGAGCUUGGGUUGCAGCCAAGGCAAGUGGCUAUAUGGUUCCAAAACCGAAGGGCAAGGUUCAAGACGAAGCAGCUAGAAAAAGAUUAUGGCACAUUGAAAGCUAGUUAUGACAGACUGAAAGGUGACUAUGAAAGUCUUGUUGAAGAGAAUGACAAGUUAAAAGCAGAGGUGAAUUCUCUGGAGAGCAAAUUGAUUCUUAGAGAUAAAGAGAAGGAGAAUUCGGACGACAAGUCAUCUCCUGAUGCUGUCAAUUCACCCCACAAAGAGCCUAUGGAUUUAAUUUCAAAUUCAACAUCUGAAAAUGGGACCAAAGUGUCACUCCCUAUUAUGGUAACAUGCAAGCAAGAAGAUGCCAAUUCAGCCAAAAGUGAUGUGCUUGAUUCGGACAGCCCACAUUGCACUGAUGGGAACCAUCCCUCUUCAUUCGUGGAGCCUGCUGAUUCCUCCCAUGCUUUUGAACCAGACCACUCAGACUUUUCUCAAGAUGAAGAGGAUAACCUCAGUGAAAGCCUUUUGACCCUCCCUUGCUUACCAAAGGUUGAAGAAGCCUGCUAUGAUGACCCUCCUCAAACCCUUGUAAUUUUGGUUUCCAUGUUGAGGAUCAAACCUUCUGUUUCUGGCCCUAUUGAACCCACCAACCACUUCCAAUGUUAUAAAACUUCGCACUUGUAACCAUGUACUUGAAGCAAUAAAAUUGGUACUACUUCUACCAUAAAA